AUGAUGUUGCAUGCAUGGAACGGCUACAAGAAUCAUACUUGGGGAGCGGCUGAACUUCGACCGCUUACCGGUGUGGCGAAUAACCAAGGGAUAUUUGGUGGCAAUUUGAUGCCCGCGACAAUCGUCGACGCUGCUGACACGCUUUGGAUUAUGGACCUCAAGGAUGAGUAUAAAGAGGUAUGUAACUAG